UAUGAGGAGAAGAAAAAAGGAGGAUAUAGAAAAAGCAACAGAAAGAGGCGAAAAAAGAGGAUUCCUCCGGUUGUUGGUGGUGCACAGGCGACGUUGUGCCACGCCCUCGCGAAGUGUCCGGCGUCGCGACGCCACCCCGCCGUAUACUCGGGUAUCCGCGACGCUCGUUCGACGGGAACCAGCGGUAGCAGCAGCAGCGGCGACGCGGCGAAUGCCAAAUCCAAAACCAGUUCGAAGCCAGCCUUACGGCCGUGAACAACGUCGCGCUUUUUCAAAUUUUCUUAUCAAUAAUAGAGACUAUCGAAUCAUGUAUGACACUACGUAUAUUGUGACGAGACGAAAUUAAUCGACGAAAAAUUAUUCAUUCGAUUUUGUCGUUAUUAUUUUUUUCUUUUUUUUCACAUAUAAUUACGUUUAUCGUAUCUUAUUUUUCUCAUCAAUCCAGACAUCUACACAGAUAUACACGAAUAUAUAAACGCGCGUACGCACAUAUUUUUCGUUUCUUUUCUAAUUUCUCAUUGUUUCUCUUCGGUUUCAAUAAAAAUUGAAUUAACGCACAUCCGUACGCUGAGCUUUAAUCGCUCGGGUGAAAAGCGGUAAAGUAAAAAACUGAACAAAUUUCAAAAAAAGGUACCACAUGGUCUCACUAUUAUUAUGUAACGGUGAAGUGUUGUAUUUUGUUAUGUAUUAGUUUCGUUAAUUUAUUCCAAAACACCGGUACAGGAGAUAACACGAGGAAUUAGGGAGAAAGGGGAAGAGAGGCUGUGUAGACGCCCUGCUUCGUACUUACGAUAACAUCAAACGCGAUAUAAUCAGAAACCAAACAAGUUUCGGAGUUUCCAAAUGUCGACGUUUCGGAUCUGACGAGCGUUUUGUACAUCUGUAAUCCCGAUUGCAUUUUUUUUUUUUUUUCUUUUUGAUUAUCCCUCUCGUUUGGGAGCACAAUUUUUAAAAUCCUCAGACAACUGUCAUUCGUGGGAUUAUAGUUUCGGAUUAAUUCCAUUCCGGAAUUUCUAUCGCGUGGAUUUGUCCCGAGAGGGAGGGAGAAUUUGGCUUGGCAGAGCUUAUACCGUUGAAUUCGUGUGAGUCUAGGAGUGUCUAGCCGGUUGUUUGGAUCCGUACAAAGCCCAUUAUAGAAGCAUUACACUUCUGCAAGGUGUAGCCACUGAGUUCGCCGGGACGGGCGCAGCUUUUUCGUCCGUCUCUUUCUCUAUCUCCCCGCGUCUUUUCUCCACCCCCGCGUCUUUUCUCUGGUCUAUCGUUCCCUUUCUUCUCUACUUUGACGUCGAUAAUUAUCAAUCGCGGCGCAACGACUGUGCCUACGAAAACUUGGAAGUCUUCUUACUUUUCACUUUUUCAGAGAUUAUUUCAACCUCCUCCCGCCCCCCCCCCCCCCCCCCCCCAGUCGCAAUCCCCACCCCUUAAUUCUUCGCGUUUUACCCGACGCUCUGGGGCGCCUAAAAUCUUUCGGAGUAGUGAGACGAAACUGUAAUAUUACCAAAGUGCACCACGGAUUCUGUGAGAACGACGAUGCUCAACGGUUCAACGUCUUAAUCAAAGAGGAGGUUUAGAAUGCUUAAAACACGGACUUCUUGAUAUUAAAUUUUAAAUAAUUCAAAACUAAAAUUGGCACUAAUCAAAGUUUUAUUGGAUAAUCGAAUGCGGAUGUUUGAUACUCACACGACGUUUAUAUAUGAAUAAAUAACUGAAUAAUUUAGGUAAAUGAGACGAGAAAUAAAUAUAUAUAUAUAUAGAAUAAUAUUUUAACGAUAAAAUUUGUUGUUUUCCUCGAUAAGAGUACAAUUAAAUCGAAUUUAGAAGUGUUAUAAUUGUUCGUUAUAAAUAAUUGUGCGCGACCGAAUAAGUGCAUACCUGUAUAGUGAUAUAAAUCAGUGCACAGUUUGGAGAACGGGGUGAAUCGCAUAAUUGAACAGAAAAUGUCGUCCCUUCGCACUCAGUCGACCGGGGGUGGUUUGGGCCUGAGUAGCGUUGCUUCGGACAGAACCGGGGCAGCUUCUACCGCAGGUGGAGCAUCACAUUCUCACAGGAAACAUCAUCACCAUCACAGGAGUCGAAGCGCGCCCAGAGCACCGGAAAAACCACCUAGAAAACGUCACAUGAAUCCGGCACAUAGUCUCGCCUCAAUUCCAAGCCAGAUCAAAUUGUCCAUGCUCAACAGCGGGCUCAUCUCCUUCGCGGCGGACGAAAAUGGUGGAAUGGGAACCACGCUACCAACUGCCCCAACGGAGCUGGCACAUUAUCCAAAACUCUGUGAACUUCGUAGAAAAUUUCCAGUUUUAUACCGCGUUGAAUUUCAGACCGCAGUCAAGGUGGAGACGCAUUCGUGCAGGCACGCGAUGAAGGCGGCAAAUAAGGAAAAGAAUCAAAAUCAAAGGUGUAUCCCAUAUGACUACAACAGGGUGGUUCUUGACACGAUAAAGGGUGAACCCGACUCGGAUUACGUCAACGCUUCUUACGUCGAUAGUAUACUGAAGCCCAACGCUUACAUAGUGACGCAGGGACCCACGGAAAAUACGGUUACGGAAUUUUGGAGAAUGGUUUGGCAGGAACAGGCGUCAUGUAUUGUGAUGCUCACGAAAACCUUCGACUUUAUUCGGGUGAUGUGCGUGCAGUACUGGCCAGCCAGCAAAGAAAAAGAUGAGGAAUACGGGGGAAUCGGAGUUUCAGUUUUAAAAGAAGAGGAAUUAGCCAAUUUUCACAUACGCACGAUAAGGCUGUACAAAAAGAACGAGGCUGGGGAAAUUACGGAAGAGAGAACUUUACUACAGUUCCAUUAUACGGAGUGGCAUUCUCACACGUGUCCGUUCGGUAACGCUGUUCUUGAAUUUCGACGUCGCGUUCGUGCCGUCGUUGGAUCAACCAUUAAAAACGAGUCGGGGCCGAUGGUCGUACAUUGCAACGACGGUGGAGGUCGUUCAGGCGUUUACCUCGCGAUAGACGCUAACAUGGAACUUGCGGAGGAAGAAGACGCCUUUGACGUGUUCGGUUACCUUAAAAAAUUAAGACUCAGUAGAAAGGGGCUUAUAGAAAAUCUGGAACAAUAUAAAUUCGUCUACGACACUCUCGAAGAAUUUGUCAUAUGUGGUACAUCGUGGUUUCCGGUAUCGGAAUUGUCGCAAAGACUGAAACAAAAAAGUGUUAAGAAUCCCGUGACUAAGAUGAACGAAUAUCAGAGGGAAUAUCAGCAAAUAUGCAAACAAACGCCAAGAUUUACGAUCGGUGAUUGCGCCGGCGGACACAGGGCCGAUAACAGAGAGAAAAACCGAGACGUUCUAGUCGUACCACCGGACAACUUUCGACCCUAUCUGACCAGUUUCCAAGGUAACGCUUUCACGGACUACAUCAACGCGGUUUUCGUAGACGGCUACACGAAACCUCGUGAGUAUAUUGUUACGGAAUGGCCGCUUCGCCACACUUGCGGUGAGUUUUGGUCUCUAGUUUACGAUUACGAGUGUGCGGCGGUCGUGGUCCUUUGCGUUCCACCGCCGGGUUCAACAAAUUUUCCUAGUUUUUGGCCGGAGGGACGUCACUCUAAAAAGUACGGCCCCGUUUUCACCAUCGAUCACAUAAGCCACAAUCAUUACACGAACAUAAAAACUUGGGUAUUUAGAAUAAAUAAAAAGAUUGUCUCUCUCACGGAAUUAAUGGCCGGUGUUAAGGCGCCGCCUAAAACUGUUCAGCUUUUUCAACUCACUUGCUGGCCAAUGGGACACAAAGUGCCUACCUCGACCAACAGCCUCGUCGAACUUAUGAACAUGGUUGAACGGUGGAGACAACGCACAGAUUAUGGUCCGGUGGCUGUCGUUUCGCCGGACGGAAGAAGCCGAUGCGGUGUUUACUGCGCGGCCAAUGCUUGCAUAGAACAGGUCAUUCAGCACGGAGAAGUUGAUAUUUUUCAAGCUGUAAAAACCGUACGCAGACACAGACCGCAACUGGUCGAAAAUAUGACCGAGUACAAAUACUGUUACGAUCUUGUUCUCCAUUACGUACUUCACUAUCUGAACAAGGACAUGAAUGAAAAGAAGUGAGACAGCGAGUUGAGGGACGAGCUGUGGUUCAUCGAGUUUGGACGGGGCGCCGCGCUUCCCU